AUGCCUCCGUCACGAUCCUCAAACAAGAAAGCUCAGGCCGCGUUGAGCCGACAACUCCGCCUCCAAAUCCCCGAGGAAACUACCUUCUUCUGCAAGUCUGACAAUCCACAGGCGGCAUGUAGUAGCCUGUGUAAAACAUUAACCGGGCUGAGGGGAAGCAUCCGGCGCUAUCGAGGAUCCCCUAGGGCCAGGGCGUCAGAAGCCGAGACCGAGAGGUUCCUGUUGGAGACUGAAGCACCCCUUGGAACAUUGAGCAAUCUCUUGACUUGGCGAACGAAAUGCCAGGCCGACCACAAAAUCCUCCCGACACAGAUCACUGCCCGAUUUACCACGCCAACGUCAGAAGAGAAGAACCCGGACGCCAUACAGUGGGAGCUCAUCAAGGCCAACGAAUGCUACAUCCUAAAGAAGGGAGGCACCGAAUACGACUUUGAUCCUCCUUGUCUCGCCACCUUGCAGGCAGGGCAGUCCAUCACGAACUCGGUCGUGAAACACCUACCGCAGACCUCGACGACAAAGUGGUAUGAUCCGGCCACAUCCGUCCUGUCGACUGCUUGGGACUACAGCCAGACCUACAACCCCCUGGUCGUUGCUGGAUCCUUAGGUUUACUCCUACUUGGGCCAGACACAACCUUCAACACCAAGGUGCUCGCUUCUGCAGGCUUGUUUUCGACCUUGGGCCGGAAGACGACGAUGGCGGUCAAAGAAUCUGUGCAGUCAUCAUUGGCCCGGCGUGCAGAUCCGGAAGAUCACUCCAAAUGGCUAUACGCCAAGCACACGAUCGGAGAGGCCAAUGAGGGAACUCUCAUGGGCGAUCUCGUGUCCGCUCUCCUGUACCAAGAGGAUCCGGAGCACUGGAACUUACCGCCUAGAAACGAGGCGACGAUUGAUCUGUUCGAGAUAGGCGAGGCGAGUGAUUUUGUCAAGAAAACCAGGGAGGCGCAGGAUGAGCGGGUGAAGGUACGAGAGCAAGCAGAGAAGGAGAAGGCCGAGAGAAAGGAGAGGCGCGAGGACAGGGAAGCGGAUCUGAAGCUCGAGGCGAAGCUGUCAGGCUCAUCGUGGUUGCCCUGGCAUUGGGGUUCAAGAAACUCCCAACAAAGUCGAUCGUGGAGGUCCCCUCAUUCCUCCAGUCAACAACAACCGCCACGCGCACUGCAGCCGCCCAGAGAACAUGUCGAGCUCACUUACAAUGGCUUUGCGCCUCGCACCGGAUGA